AAAAAAAAAGCAAACCGAAAAAAAUUUAAAAAUCGACAAAAAUGUAAAAUCAAGAACAAAUGCAAGACCAAAAUAUUAACUAGAAUAUGAUCAAGUAGAAGUAUAGAAAUUAAAUCAAAAGCAAAUAGCAACAUAAACAAAAACCAACCCAAAACCAACAACGACAACAGCAGCAGCAAUGAAAUAGCGUAUAACAACGUAAGUGUCGUCCAGUGCCUUGUGGGUGGUGCCGCCAUGGUUCAGAUUCCGCAAACACUUUGGGAUUCCGCAUUCUCUGUCCUACUCUGUUUCACUGUUGGACCCUUUACAAAACUUAAACUCCACAAGAAAGCUAAAAAAUGCAAAAGUCAAGAGAAACAAAAUCAAGCUUACAAUCAAAUGAAAACCCCCAAAACUCAAGCAAUUUAUUCCAUGAAUUUCAUAAAUUUUUGAAUAUUUGUAUUCCGUUAUUGUGCCAUGUGGCUCGCGUUUUUAGCUAUUUCUGGUAUUGUUGUUGUACUAAAGUCGCGUCGUUUGUCUUGUGUUUUCUUAUUUUUGCCAACACUCAUAUGCACAUACUACCACAAUUACACAUUUACACACACACACACACACACACAACACAACCCAACCACUUACCCACCAACAUACACUCACGUACAGAGGAGGAUCUGAAGCGCCUGCAGCAGGAGACAUCGGGCGGGAACUAUAGCCAAGUAGAUUUCCAUUAUGAUGGCCAGUCAACAUGUAGUUCAUCUGGUGCGGACAAUGCAACUUCACCAACAUCGGAGUCCUCAACACUCACUGAGGAAUCCGAGUUGCCCUACACGCUACCACCCACUCUUCUCGUGCCGCCUGCACCGGGCAUGCAGCUGCCGGAGACAAUGAAACAGCAUGCGAUUAUUGAGAAGACGGCACGUUUCAUUGCCACUCAGGGCGCUCAGAUGGAGAUCCUUAUCAAAGCCAAGCAGGCAAGCAACGCACAGUUUGACUUUCUAUCGCAGGGCAGUCAGUUGCAGCCAUAUUAUCGCCAUCUGCUGGCUGCCAUCAAGCAGGGAAAAUUCGCAGCUUCCGUGCAGACAACAUUAGACAAAGGCAAUGCCGUAACCGACGCCAACGCAUUACCCGUGAGUCCGAAGCGCAGCCAGCAGAUUAUUACGGUGCCCACCAUCAAAUAUAAACCGUCGGCCAAUUGCGCCUACACGCAACUAAUUAGCAAAAUCAAAGGAGUUCCGCUCCAGACAGUACUAGAUGAUGAGGUCGCCUCACAGCAUUCCGCCGGAACCGUCUCGCCGACGCCCAGCUCCAAGUCGGAGGGCCAAAGCCAAAGCAGCGUUGCCGCCGCUGCGUCAAAUGGCGAGUUUACACCUGUUCUACUCCAAUACAAUGGUAGCACAUUCGCCCACGAGGCGGAGGAAGAUAAUGCCAACGAUGCGCCGCCCAAAGUGGAGCUAUUGAAGAACACUAGUGCUCUGGCCCUCGCCCAAAACUAUAGUUCGGACAGUGACGAAGAGGAUGAUGAGAACAAUGAUACAACUGAGCAACAGUCACAACGAACCACACAAUCGGGCGCCACUAACAGCACCACAAGCACCACAACGGCCAGCGCCAAUGCGAAACCCGCUGCUGUGCUGGCGCCACCACCCUUGUUAACUUUUCCAUUGCCAGAGGAGACGCUGCGCCAUAUCAUAGAUAAGACGGCCACGUAUGUAAUUAAGAACGGUCGCCAGUUUGAGGAGACGCUGCGCACCAAGAGCGUGGAACGUUUCAAUUUUUUGCUUCCAGAGCACAAGUUCUAUGCGUAUUAUAUGUACAAGAUAACUGGCGAUGUGGACGCCGCUUCCAAGGAGGAGAAAACGCGCAAGGCGGCAGCUGUGGCUGCUGCCCUGAUCAGCAAAAAAGGUCUAGGAGGCACAGCUGCUGCCAGCGCGAGUGAGAAGGCACACGUUAGCUUUGCUAUACGUGCACGCGAUGAAAACGCAUCUUUGCACCCGGCACUGCCACAGGAAGCUAGCGAUGAAGAUGAGCAAAAGGCCAAAUCGAAUACCGAGCAAGUACGGCCUGGCAUGCCCGAUAGCGUGCAACGUGCCAUUAAGCAAGUGGAGACUCAAUUGUUAGCUAGAACGAAUGGUCCAAAAACGACAGUGGCAGCUUCAGCAACCACAGCAACGUCUCCACUUAAGGAGCAACGCCAAGCUGAGGAGCGUUUCAAGGACAAGCUAGCGCAGGUCGCACGCGACAAGCUAAAUGGCAUGGUCUCGCGCGAGAAGCAGUUGCAGCUGGAGCGAAAGCGCAAGGCCAGGGAAUUUCUCAAUCAAAUCAAAUCUGAAGGCACUGCCAUUGGUGCAACAAUUGGAUCGGAUGCGACGGCUGCCUCAAAUAGUGAAUCAACUGUGGCAGCUGACAACAUAAAUAGUGACUCCAACGAUUCUGUGCGUUCCAUACCUAUCACGUACUUUGGGCCUGAUGAUGAUGACGACGACGAAAAUGAUGUCGGGGCGCAGUCGGCGACGAAAAGGCACGCAGUUGACGAAGAUGAUGAAACCGAUGAUGGUGAUUUAGAGAAAUACAACUUGCUAAACGAUGAUAGCACCAAUACGUACACCAGCAAGGCAGCGGCGGCUGCUGCUGCAACAGCGCCCGUCCUGCUUUCUGAUGAUGAUGAUGUGCAGCUGGUGUCCACUGCAGCCGCACCGCAAUCAUUGUCGUCCGUAUCAUUGGCUGCGCGACACCGUAAGACUGGCCGUCGGAGUCGAAGUCGGAGCAGGCGCAGUAGCAGCAGCUCCACAAGCCGCGAUGCUUCAGUGACCUCAUCCAGCAGCAAUGCCAGCUGCCGACGGAGUCGUAGUCGCAGCUCACAUCGGCAGCGACACAAGCGCAAAGCGAGCUCCAUAUCAAAACAUAGACGUCGCCGUCGCAGUCGCAGUUUGUCGCGUAGUCGCAGUCGCAGUCGCAGUCGCAGUCGAAGUCGCAGUCGUAGCAGCAGUCAUUCGAGCUCACGCCGUCAUCGCGACCAUCAUCGGGAUAAGGAAGAUGCAUUAUCACGGCGAAGGAAUCAUCAGCGCCAAUCAUCCAAAAAGAGUCACAAGCGUCACAAGCGACGUCGACGCAGCAGCUGCGGAUCCGUCUCCCAAUGAACCGUGUCAUUGUCUUAAUUAAUAUAGGGUCUAAGUUCUAAAGAUUGUACAUUUCAUUCUUUUUUUUAAUGUUGAGCAAAUGUUUUGAAUGCGAUCCAUAGAUUUUGGUCGUCAAUAAUAAAAUUUUAGUGUAAGAAAAAAAGUUGUCAAGAUUUUUCCACAACAUAUUUCAGAUUUUUGUUUAAUUAUAUACAAAUAAUUGGAUGGUUACUAUAGUUCUGAAUGGAAACCAGUACAAUCUCGGGCUACACUAGAUGGAAAUCUCUCGUCGUUUUUCUUAUUUAUGAUAAAUAGGAAAACAAGUCUUCUGGGACAAGUAUAUAUAAUAAUUAUAUUUUAUCUAUACAUGUAGCUAAGGUAUGUAAUUUUGUCAAUGGUUAAAGGUAUAUAUUUUUGUCAAUGGUUAG